AUGACUCAAAUUAAUAAUAAACUAGAUUUUAUAGACAUAAGUGAAGAUCAACACACUCAUGAUAUAAAGGAAUCGUCGGAAUUCAAAGAAAUGAGUUUGGAUGUGCAGGAAGUCAAGGAUGUUGAAUUUGAAACUUUAGAAGAUAACCACACACUUCAGGAUACUUCAUUAAAGUUAAUAGAAUCUACAGCACUUCAUCGAGAAUCUACUUUUAUAGGUUAG